AUACAAACAUAGUAAGUAGAUGUUAGGAUAACAUAGACAAAGAAAGUAGAACUAUUUUUGACUAAUGGUACCCCUACGAAAAAUUGACCUCUCAUUGCAGAUUUAUGGUUCAAUAACCAAUUAGAUAUUAAAACAAUAGUUGGACAAGAAGGGGAAGAAAUGGAAAUGAAUUGUACCUCUAACACAGCACAGUACAAUGAUGCUUUAAUGAUUAAAACAAACGGAACUGUCAAAGCAACUGGUGAUACUCAAUCUGUGAGCUAUUUGUUUAUACCAGACAGAACAGAUCAUCUGUCAAUAUACAAAUGUGUGGACAGAACGCACUCGUCGAUAAUGAUUGAAGUCAAAUUAAUUAUAAGGUAUGCCCCUGUCGUUAUAGGCCGUUUUACGAAUGAGACGAUUAAAUGUGAUUGCGAUGGAGUUCCAGCAAUGUAUAGUGUGUACAGGUUAGAACAAAAUUCAGAGGACGGAAAACUUGUCCGUUCAGUAAAUUUGAAUAAUGAAACAUUCCCUUUCAACACGGAAAUGUUUCCAUACCAGAAAAAUGGUAGAUAUACGUGUGUUGUGAGUAAUGGUAUUCCAGAUAGUAAUGGAAAUGCACUACAGACCUGGUCAACUAAUGUUAAAUAUGAAGGAUCACCUGUAUUUGCACCAGAAAACAGAAAUGUAAAAAUAGGGGAAGUAGGACAGUCAAUAACACUGUCGUUUUACAUUUAUAGUUACCCUGAGGUUGAACAAAUAUUUGUUGAAAAGAUAGGAUUGAACUCAAUUAAAAGUAAUAAAAAACAACAUUACACCAUUUCUCAAUCUACAUUGCGUUACACUGAGUAUAACAACAUCGCUGGAAUUGAAGGUUAUGAGAUUUUAAUUGAAAGUGAUGUAUUGGACAUCGAUGACUUUCAAACCUAUUGUAUUACAGCAAAGAAUCAACUGGGCAAAACCAGUUAUUAUUUUGAAAUUAUAGAUAAUGAGAAUCUCCCGUUGAGCAAAAGUAAGAUAAUAUAUGUCGUGGUAUUUUGCAGCAUUGCUACCGUUCUAAUUGUUUAUAUGAUCACUAUGCACAUUUGUUUAUAUGUAAAACAUAAAAAGACUCGGGAUCAAAUAUAUCAUAAUGUCGAUGAAGACCACAAUUAUCAUACAUAUGACGAAAUUGGCACUAUCUCGCAUCGCGCUGUAAGGAACAUACGUUCGUCAAACACCAAUGACAACCAAGAACAGCAUAUGAUGCACCAACAUGCAGCUCAUAUAUCAAAUGAAAUCAAUGUGCAACCAACCGAUGAUAAUACGCCUGAAUUAAAUGCAGACUUUUCCCAUAAUGGUUUACCACAAAGUGAAGUUAACGACAUGCAAAGGCAAAGACAACAUAUGUCUACUACUGCGGAUGACACGAACCGUUCUAAUAUAGAUUUAUCGCAGAUCCUUUCCACUGCUAUACCAAACAUGGAUAACAUCAUCAAUUGCAAUACAACUAAUGCAAAUACAAACAGAGAAUUAUCAAAUGAUCAAAAGAGUCAAAGUAGUAAUGAUUCUGAUAGUAACAUAUCAAAUAAUGUUAUGAUAGGCAGUAUUGGAGAUGGAUAUGAAAACCCCUACCAAACGGUAUUACAUGAUCGCCCUGAAAGUCACCAAUACGUUGAAAUCACAAGAGAAAGGCAUUGCAGCAUCUCAUCUACUGAUUUUAAUAAAAGCGAAGGGCAAAGACUUAAAACAUGCUCGACGAAGGAAUGAGAGUACAUCAAUCUUCAAUUCUGAUUUACAUUAUAUUUCUACUUGCCAAGCGUAUGAGACAUGAUUACAUGAUAUGAUGUUAACACUUUAAAUUGUUUUUAAUUUCUGCGAGCAAUCAUUGAAACAGUACGAAGUAGUAUUGAUUACGCUGUAUCGUUAUAACUGUUUAUUUUACCGGAGAAAUACUGUUAAUACUUAUUUGAUUAUUCUGUAUUGAAUUGUAUAGUUCUUUUUUAUUUAGCAUUUGUUAUUUACUUAUCGAGAUUCACGGUAGAGAGACUAACAACGAAAUUAGGGUUUUGAUUUAGUUCACCGUACACGCCUCAAAAACGGGACGCUUCAAUCAUAACAGUUGAAAGACGAAAUCGAAAUUUAAUCAAAUUCCGUUUAUUCUGCCAAAAGUGCAUGAACAUUUUUGAAAUCAGUAGACGUUGCCAGUUAAACCGAUAUGAUUUGUAUCAUUUAAGGACAUAACGUCAUUUGGUUUGCUUUGUAUCUGCCUCAUUUUCAUAUGCCAGUUAUGUGUAAUGUAUAUGAUUCAUACACAUGUCAUAGCCUCUUUGAUCAUCAUGUGUUACCUGAUUCUGUACAUAUUGAUAUACUUUGUCGUUUUUUUUUAUCAAAUUUGUUUUUUAUUUUAAUUUAUGCAGAUACUUAUUCAUUGAAGAAUGUUUAAAGUAAUUGAAAUUAAUCAACGAGACUACGAAAUACUUAACCGUUAUGGAAUAACCUGUUCCUUAUGUCGUAACUACAAUACUGAUAUAAUGAAAACAAUUGGAUAGUACAAAGUAUCCGUUUCCUUUCUAUAUUUCCCGUGUAAAAUUUUACAAUUUAAAUCAUUCUUUAUUUUAGUUUAAAUAUAAUCAUGUUCGCAAUAACGGACGAAAAGAAGGUCAUUGUAACCGUUGCGAAUUUUCCAUUAAACAUGUUUUCGGCUGAUAAAAAAAACCCAAAAAAACACUGUAUUAAAACUGAAGUAAAUGUUUUUAUUAGAUUACAUGUCAAAUAACAGAAUGAUGUAUGUUGUUUGCAGUUGUCAUUGCUUACCUGGGGAACCUUUGUAUAUUGUUUUUAAUAAUUACGUGAUGCAUUCAAUUUCGAUAAAUAAAAUGAACAUUAUCCUAAAUAUAUUCAACCAAUAAGAAGAUUUACAACUCAUACCAUACAAAACACAUAACUAUAAAAUAGGGAGAUUUGGGAGGAUUACAGAUGAAACAAUUACAAUGUACCCACCAUAAUUCAAAUGAAUCAGUAGCGGACAGAAAGUCAAAUAAACACACAUAUAUAUAAAACAUUUAUUAAAGGGAACCAGAUAAACAAAAUACAAUGCAGGUAGGUUAAUGCUGUUUUAGAGUAAAUUGGCUAUUUAUUCAUAGAAAAAUCAUCGAAAUUUUAAAUUAUUUUGAAUUUUAGUCUAGAACCUUUCAUACCCUAAACUAAUUAUGAUCAUCCCUUAUAUCAUCCAAAAUUUUAAAUUUCUGGUGUCCCGGAACUCCCCAUCUCGUUACCAUGGUAACGGGCGACUUUCAAAGAUGGUGUGUGAACCUUCAACUUCAAGAGCCGGGCACACCCCAAAGAACUAUAUCAAUGAAUAAAAAAUAAAGUUGUAUUUGGUUGCCAAAAUUGUUAUCUUUCCUGUAACAGCUGUUUCUUUCUUUAAAUUUGUCCUUUUAUAAUAAGAAAAUAACAGAAGUGACAUACAAACCAACCAUGCAAACACCAAAAAUCAACUUUCUUGUCAAUUUUGAAAAUGUUGUAUUCAUUUUUAAAACAAGAAACAGCAACAUUGGUAUUCAUGAGCUUUCCAAGAAUAAAUAUGCCAAGUUUUAAAGAGAUCAAUACAUAUUAACGGGGUGUGCCAAUGCAAUAUUUAUCAAUGAAUGAUACUUAAGUCCUUUCGCGGCGACAUUUAAACACUGAAAUGAUUCAGAUCGAUUAUUCCCCUUUAUUAUAUCAAAGUGCCGGGAAAGAAACGACAUGGUGAUAGUUUUUGAUUAGAAAUGGACACAUUAAAGAUGCAAAACAAUGUUAUGUUUUCAUUUUUAUACUUGAAGGUGUUCACGAAUCUUGAGAAAAAUCACGGUGCAUACGAAUGUCAUGAGGGAAAAAAGGGGGGAUACUCCAACGUUAUACUUUGUAAGAUAUUGUAAGAGCUUUCGUAACCCCUUGUUCAUUGCUUACUCCACAUAUGUGCCGAUUGUAAAUAAAAUUAACUUGGUUACUUUCUUAACUUCGAUUCUCAUAGGGAUUUUACGACGUUAAGAUAUGGAGAUAACGAACGACAAAAAAGUCUUUCUAAAACAAAAUGAUUCUCUUGCAUAAGAAAAAAAGCCACAUUUAUAGUGCAUGGAAGUAUGAAGCCCCUUCUAUCAAACUCAUGUUUCAUGAGAAAUAUUAAUCUG